AUGCAACUAUUGGUAGUGUGGGGGUUCUUCGUGUCUGUGAUCUGGAGCUUUUGGUUCCUAAAGCGAUGGCGGCGGGAGAACUCUGCGGUCAACUUUACAUGGAAGAACGACCUGCACACCCAGUUCCUGCUGUACCCGAACCCGCACUUUGUCGGUACCGAACGUCUGAAUCCCGUCACGAAUGAGGUCGAGGUCGUGUACGCGUGGUGGAAGCGGGUGCCCGUGUACUUGUUUGUGACAGUGUUUAUGGUCGUGCAGAUCGCCAUCAUGAUGCUGUUCAUCGCGGCGUGGAUCACCACGUACGAGACGUUUCAAAUCCGGUUUCCAAACACGGGCUUUGGGGGGGUUCAGUGGCUGAGUGUGCUGGGGGGUGGCAUCGUCUUUGGGCUGUUUGUGGACGUGGUGCAGUGGGAACUUGUGGUCAAACCUGUGGCUCAGCUGUGUACCCAGUGGGAGAACUGGCGCACCACUGAACAGUUUGAGCGGUCGUUGAUUCGGAAACUGUUUUGCAUGGACUUUCUCAAUUAUUACACGUGGUUCUUCUUGCUCGCGUUUGUGUACGUGGUGCCAGGCGCCGGCGAUACCAUCACGAAUGCUCUCAACACUGUCCUGUUUCAAGACGAAGCCAACUGCUGCUUUGGGCCGUACUUGGACCAGUGGGCCAGCAUCUGCUCAUCAUGUCCGCCGCCUUGGCAUUCGAUGGCAUCAUCGGAUUUCAACCCCCGCCAGUGUAAUCCUUGCAAAGGCUACGUGACGUUUGACUUGCAGCAUCUGAACCUGGAAUCCCUGUUUGUGACGCCGAUAGUAGUCGCCCAGGCACUGAACCUGCUGAUUCAGCUGCUCGUGCCAUGGGCCCUCCGGCGGCGCCACGUGGCACUUCGCAAGCGCACUGACCAUCAAGCCCUGGCAUUUCUCACCACACAAGAUGCAAGGAAGCGCGAUGCGGCUAUUCUGGCUGCGUUGGAGUACGGCCCCCCGGAUAUCUCGAUGCAUCCACUUCUACUCCCCCCACACAGCCGACCCCCCCACGCAACGGUGACAGCACGGCUCGCAAGUGAUUCCAAGGCCAAGGACCUGCAAGUAGACGUUCAGGCGUGGGAUGCGCUGCACCGGGUGGCGAGGGAAGUGCUGUUCCAGUGCAACCAAGACAAGUACGAUCCAUAUGAUGACUACCACACUGCGAUGGUGCAGUUUGGCUUUGUCGUGAUGUUCUCCAUGCUGUGGCCACUCAUGCCCCUGUGCUGCUUUUGCAUCAACGCAUUGAAGUACCGAGGCGACGGGUACCGGCUUUGCACCAAGAUGCAGCGCCCGCUGCCGCAAAAAGCUGGCGGCAUCGGCGAGUGGUACACCAUGUUUGUGAUCCUGGCUUGUGUGGGGGUCCUCGUCUACACGGGUCUCGUGUUUGUGUCGACGGGCGCCGUCGAGUUCUUUGUGCCCCGCUGCGUCGCGCGUAUCGACCUCGACACGUUUCGAUUUGGCCCCUCGUUUGAGUGUUUUGAUAUGAGCACCCGACUCGUGAUGAUCCUCGUGAGUGAAAAUGUGCUCUUUGUGGGCGCGUGGCUGUUCUGGAGCUCGUGGCGGAGCGUUCCUAAAUCGCUGGACGAUCAGCUCGUCGCGGCCGAAUCGGCGUUCAAGAGGGCGUUGUACGAGGCCGACUCGGGGAGUACUAGUAGUAGUACUAGUAGUAGUACCAAGAAGAAGAAGAAGGGGGGACACGAGACGAAUGGUAGAACGUCCAAACAAGGGGGACCGACCGAGGCGUCGCCGCUGCUGGAGCAAUCGCACAAGGCGCUGGCAAAGCAGUGGGACCCAUGA